AUGGAGUUCAGCAUGGGCACGCCAAACCUACAACAUGUGUGGGGCAUUCUCGACACCGAGAGCGAUCUAAACUGGGUCAACUGUGUGGGUUACGAAUGCUUCAACAAGACCACCACCCUAUUCAAUCAUAGUGCAUCCCUCUCCUACAACAAAUUAAUUUGCAAUUCCGAUGAGUGCAAGAGCAUUUUCCAAGGUCAUUGCUAUGAUGAUAAGAUGUGCGUGUACCAUUACUCCUACGCCGAUGGCUCCAACAUCGAUGGAAUGUUCUCCUCGGACACCUUUCGUUUCUACUCGUCAGAUACGAAACAAUUUACAUCCAUUCCAAAUAUGCUAUUCGGUUGUAACUUCCGGUCCUUUGACACCAUCGACAAUGACUUCGGUAGCACCAUUGGGUUGGGCCCCUCGUCGCCAUCUCUGAUCCACCAGCUCGCCCCUAAGUACAUCAGCAAGUACUUCUCAUAUUGCCUAGACUCCUGGCUCUAUGGGGGACUCGCUAGCAGGCUCUUCUUGGGAUGUGACAAUGCCACUAUUAUCGGAAACACGAAUGUCACGUCGUUCAUGACACAAGAUAACUACUAUGUUGUGCAGCUUAAUGCCAUCUCUAUCCCGGGUGAAUUCAACAUCGAUUACAGUACUAGGAGGUCCAAGUUGAGGGUCGACAACAUCAUCUUUGACUCCGACAUUGCCAUGACCAUACUAGACACUCAAGUGGUGGACGAGUUGCUGAGGGAAUUGACGAAUUAUGUUAGCUUGCCAACUGUGAUGCUGGAAGACCCAUUCAAAUUGUGCUUCAAAGUGCACUUGACGGAACAAGAGGAGGAGUUGCCAGGGUUGUUGUUCUCAUUUGCCGGGGAGUUGGGGAACUUCAGGGUGAGCCCUGAAAACCUGUUUACAUGGUUUGGUGUGCAUGUGAAAUGCAUGGUGAUAUUGGGAAUGAAUGGUAUGCAGAUCUUUGGGAAUGUUAUGCAGAAAGAUGUUUUGGUUGGACAUGAUCUAGAAAAAAUGGAAUUGACCCUUACAGAGAAAAAAUGUAUCUAG